AUGACUCCCUCAAUCCCUGAACGCCGUAUCUUCCCGCAUGCACCUCUGGCUCUCCUCUCUCUCCUCUUGGUCCUCACUCAUGGAAUCCUUCCCGCCACAUCUUCCGAUCAAGACCCAAACGACCCGCUUGCAGGCGUCAGCAUGACGAACCGUGGUGACGGCGGUUUCAGCACCAACCCCGGUAGUGGCGGAGGUUCCGGCAGUGGUGAGGGUUCUGGCACCUCAAUCACUCCCCGCACCGGCAGCGGCGGGGACGGUAACGGUGACGGUAACGGAAACGAGCUCACCUCUGGCGGUGGCGUGAGCUUUGCUCCUAGGCGUCCGGCCCCGUCUAGCGGCGGAGGAGGAGCUAACGAUAACAGCAACGAUCUUACAUCUGGCAGUGAAAAGGGCUUUUCUUUCAGGCGCCCAGCUCCGUCCAGCGGCAGCGGCGGUGCCGGCAAGAGCGACUCGGAGACGACCUUCAAAAAGAGGGAUGAUCUUCCCGGAGGAAGCGGCAGCAGCGACGGCGAUGGAAGCGGAAGCGGCGGCGGCGGCAGCGGCGGCGGCGGCGGAGGAGGAGGAUCAUUCACAGGCCAUAAUCCGACCACUUCUCCACCGAAGCCCAAGCCCCGUCCGCCCAUCCCGGCGCCAAAGCCGGAGCCGCAACCCAGCGCCCCUCCCAGCGACACUGGCAGCAACGGCGGUGGCGGUAAUAGUGGUGCAAAGGUGGCAACCACGAAGCUGUAUCUGCUGUCGGCGGGUUCUACAAAGGGACGGUGUCUGGACGGCAGGUACGUUGAAGUUAGGCAUCGGAUUGAAGCAGAAGGAUCACUCGAUUCCUACUACGUUGUCGUGCUGCCGUUCCAAAAAAGCAUACCGAUUGCUCUCAUGUAA